CUAGAACUCUCCAACUUGACAACAAUACAAACAAACACACUCAGUGCAUUUCAGGCAGCCAAUAGCAAUAAUAUGUGGGAGAAUGAAAAUUCCCACUGCCGAGCGUAAAAAAACUGGCAACAACGGUGGCGAGUCCGAGCGCAAGGAAAAGCCAGAGCAGUGAAGUGAACGUGAGCAAAACCGUUGACACUUUCGGGCCAUAAUGUCUGCGUCGGUGGUUUGUGUUGACCUGAGUUCGGAAUCCGAUGAAGAGUCGAAUAAUGGAGCCAAACGAAGACGACUCGAGGACCCCCUGCGGCAACUGGCCCCUUCCGUCUCCAGACCAAGUUUGCCCGUCAAGCUUGUGAACAUACCAAAGGCAUCCCUCGGACCCGCGACGGGAGCACCAGGAGCAGGGGUAGGAGCAACACCCGCAAGGGCGUUUCCAAUCCCAGCCGAUCCCCUUCGGUCCAUGCACAUCCCCAGUGGCAUCACAGUCACCAAACACCAGAAGAGCAUCCUGACCACAAAUGGCAAUCUGACCAUUUCCCUGGCAGAGACCAACAACAAUAAAAACAACAGCAAUAACAACAACACCAUCAGCUACAACAACAAUGUGAAGCAGGUGAAGUUGGGCGCCGGCCAGAAAGUGGCCUGGUCGGUGAGCAGUAAAGCGCCCAGUCCCAACGCCGUGAUAACCACCGUGCCCAGCCACCAGGUGAAGGUGACGCCUGCCAAUCAAAUACGGGUGACAGCCGGAGCCAAAGUCAUCCAGUCGCCCAUUCGAGUGACGCCGAAAAUAGUCCCAGUGAAGAUUCAAUCGCCGGUUGUGAUAGGUCAGCCCCAGCAACAGCUAAAGGUGCAGCCCCAGCAGCUAACGCCGCAGGCCCAACAGCUAACGCCGCAGCCGCAGCUUCAGCAGCAAAAGGCGCAGCCACAGCAGAUAAAGCCAAUAAUUGUGGGUAUAACCAAGCCAAAAGCUUCCAUGGGACAAAUGUUGCAUCAACAACAGCAGCAGCAAAAGUCGACGCUACCAGGACAAGUACCACAGCGGAUUGUAGCAGGACAGCAGCAACAAAGGGCAUCGCUGGGUCAACUGCAGCAACAGCAGCCACCCAGAUUCUUGAUUAAUCCGCUGCAGCAGAAACCGAAACCACUGCAUCCGCCUCAAAAGUCGCUGGCAAGACCGCCUCAACUGUCAGUUCCACAGAAGACAGCGGCCGUGGGGCAGCCCCAGCAGCAACCAAAGGCUGCUGGGGGACAACAACAGCAGCCCAAGGCUAUUGUGGGACAACAGCAGCAACCACAGGCUGCUGGGGGACAACAGCAGCAGCCCAAGGCUAUUGUGGGACAACAGCAGCAGCCAAAGGCUAUUGUGGGACAACAGCAGCAGCCAAAGGCUAUUGUGGGACAACAGCAGCAGCCAAAGGCUAUCAUGGGACAACAACCACAACCAACGGUUAUCGUGGGACAACAGCAGCAACCAAAGGAUGCUGUGGGACAACAGCUGCAGCCAAAGGCUAUCAUGGGACAACAGCCACAACCAACGGUUAUCGUGGGACAACAGCAGCAACCAAAGGCUGUUAUGGGACAACAGCAGCAGCCGAACGCUAUUGUGGGACAACAGCAGCAACCAAAGGCUAUCGUGGGACAACCGCAGCAAACAAAGGCUAUCGUUGGACAACAACCAGAACCAAAGGCUAUCGUGGGACAACCGCAGCAAACAAAGGCUAUUGUGGGACAACAGCUGAGGACCUCUUCGUCGCAGCCACUGCCACAGAAGAUACCCACAGUACAACUUCCACAACAGAAGACUUCCCUGGGGCCAGUCCAGCCAAAGCAAAAGCCACUUAAGUCACCUGUAGAGCAACAGCAACAACAAUUGUCUUCUCUAUUGCAAUUGCAACAGCACCGAAUAUCCAUAGGACAACUGCAGUUACAGGGAGCGAUGAUGGGUCAAUUGCAACAGCUACAGAUGCCGCAGAAGUCGGUCCUGGGACUAAUACAACAGCAACCCAAGGUUUACCUGGGACAACCACAGCUUCCGAGGGUUCCAAUGGGUCUGCUGCGGCCUCUGCCACAGUCCCUGCAGCAAAAUUUAACGGUGACUCCGAUCCCGCAGUCGCCGAAGACACAAAUGGCCCAACAACUUAUGAAUUCUGUGAUAAGCCAAAAAGUUCCAGCUCAGCAACCGUCCUUACCAGUGUUCAACGAAAUCACACACAAAUCGAUGACGAUUCAGAAGCUACCCGUGUCGCAGAAAGCACCCACGGUGGUGAAGGUUCCUCCGAAGAUAUUGACCCAGCAAACACCACCUCCUGCUGUGACAAAGUUCCCUCCCAAGCAGAUGUUUCCCCAGCAGACGCCGCCACCCGCUCAUCUACUGCAAAAGCGGCCAGCGCCGCAAGCGCCAAUGCAAACUCCUCCGUGUGCACACCGUCCACCGAUGGUUAGACCUGCGACAGUGACCAAGAUAACGCCGGUGCCUCCAAACGGCAGAGCAGGCUUUCAGAUGAAGGUUCAGCCAGCUGGAGUGGUCAACGCCGCAACCGCCAUCAUGAGUGCAGCCCGUACUUUGCCAUUCAGAAGCUCAUCCCACAAGUCCGCCACUCCGCCACCAGCUUCAACGCAUCUCCAGGGAUUCACAACCAGUGCCACGCCUCCGCAGCGUCUGCUAGCCACUCCGCCGCAUUGUGCGGCCGCCCUGAAUGAACCACUGCUGCUCAACCUACCGCCCACCACCAGCAUAACGCCCCAACUUACGCCCACGACAACUCCGCCGCCAGCUGGACUUCCGGCGGCAGUGCAGCAACACCAGUUGGCCAAGGCGGCAGCCUUCAAGUUAAACUCCUUGCCCGGUGCGAGCAUCUCUCCAGUGAUUAGGACUCCAGCUAGCACUGUCAAACGCAUCCAGCCCAUCACCGUGCUCAAGAAAUCGGAUGAGGAAUGGCGGAGGCAUAUUCUCGAGCAACAGCAGCAGCAACAGGAGCAGCAAAAGCAGCGCAAUCAAUUGCAGUCCACCUCAACGCCAACAAUUGUCCUUGUGGAAUCUCCGCCUACAACGCCGCCCACGGACAAACCGGAAACGGAUCGCAGUACAAAUACCGCGGAGAAAACGCCUCCGAUGAAGUCGAUUACAAUAAACAGACCCAAUAGCCUGAAAAGACCUGCUCCGGUGACUCCUUUUCUGAGACGGUCCGUAAAUGUUAUUGCAGAAAUCGUAGAUUUGGAUGAGUUGCCCGAUUACUCGCCGGAAAAGCGAAGGAAAGAGGAGCCGUUUCCAAUUCCGAAGCCCCAGGCAGCUAUGCCGCCAGUAGUAACCCCCUUUACACCAGAAUACGCGGCUCUUAUUAGGCUAUGUCGCGAGGUGGACCCAUCAGAGGACAUGGAGCGCCUGGUUACGGGGAAACUGACAAGGUAUUACCAGAGUGCGCCCGUGAGCUUCUUGGUGUCGCGUGGCUUUCGCCAGUUGCUGGAUGUGACCAUAGCACGGAUCCGUAGCGAGCCGGACGUGGUGUACGUACACCUCAAGAAUUUGGUGGAUGAGCUGAAGGCGCAGAAAAUGGCUCAAGUAGUAUCGGAAGGAAAGGCAGUGCCGUUCGCCAUAGAACACCCACAUCCAACACCUUUUAACCCGGUGGGGACCGUCGACUUGGAGGAGGAUUCCGAUUCGCCCACUACCGACCAACGUACCAAUGAGCGCAUCCGACAGUUGAAUCGCACGCUGCACUCCAUCACCAAGCGUAUUAGGAUGUUAGAGGACGCUGAAGUGGACUUGAACGACGACGACUCCAGCUAUCUCCAGGUGGAACGUUUCAAGAAGCGCGCUCUCCAAAUCUACGAGAAAAUCUGUGAUCUAACCGGCGAGAGCAAGAGUGCCCGCCGCCAACUGAAACCCAUCCAAUUCAAGGCUACGGCCUACCCGCACUUCAAUCGCACUCUGUCGGCCUUCGUCAACAGGAUGCGGGAGUUUCCCGAUUACCACGAUGUGCUCCAGAUUCUGGAGCACUGCAAUAAGGAGAAGAAACUAGGACUGGCCAACUUCGAGAUGAAGAGUAUCGCCUACGAUGCCUUUGCUAAAGUUGGUAAGCUGCUGCAGUCUCGUCGGAAGACGGAUCUUUACGAAACCGUAACCCACUUCACGGCCAAUGUCAAGGAUCCGGCGUCCAGCGACCCUGUGCUGCUCGCGAAGUUAAAGGAGAACAACAAAAAACAAACCAAAAUAAGUGAUGUCCUGGAAAAGUAUGCCCGCGAGCAGGAUCUCAAUGCGGAGGAGCGCCAGGAGGCGCGCCUGAAGGAGAAAAGGCUAAAGCAGGAAAAGGCCGAAGCGGAGGCCGCCAAGCUGGUUGCUUUGGCGGCAGAAGACGACCAGCCCUGCACAAGUGCCCAGGCAGCAGCUAAGGCCGCCGCCAUUUCCGCCCUGAUGAAAAUAUCAUCAGGUCGGGGGAACGGCAACGAAAAAAGAAACUCCUUUGAACUAAAGUUGUUAAAACUGGUCGACGAGGAAGAGGACUCGGAGGAGGACGACGCGGAUUCGGAGGACGGGGAUAAUGAUGUCGACGAGUUUGUGGACAACUUCAAAGCCAACGGCGAAGUGAGUGACGCCGACUCCGAUGCGGAGGAAGAAACAUCACCAAAGAAAGAUCCGUUGGCGCCCGCCGAGGAGGAGGAUGAUGUGAUAGAAAUAACGAGAGCCGAGACUGGCAACAAGGUUGACGUAGCCCCGCCUAACGGCAAGCUGAAGAUUAUGUCGGUCUCUAGUCUGAACGCCAACUUCGUCCACGUGCAAGAGUCGCUCACAAAAUCCAAUCUCUUGCCGAGUGCCAGGCCUGUCAUCGCAGACCAGAUUGUCAUUUCGGAUGAGGAGUCAUAGAAAAAGUGGUACACGCAGCCUGUCUGCACCCCUAGUUAAGUUUAUUUAUUCAAUAUGAUCCAAUUAUCCAGAUUAAGUUCGGUUUACUGAAUGUUCCCUUGUUUAUGCUUUGAAAAGGCAAACAACCCCAUUUUGUAGGAUGAUUGUUUUUACCUAUUAUUAUGCAUUGGGCCGAAUAGUAUUUUUUCACAUAGUUCACUCGUUAUUAAAGGAUUCCGUACUACAUUGAUUAUUGCAUCUUAAUUACACAAGUAUGUACAAUCGAAAGCUUUUCGCUAGCCAAGAGUCACAGAGUCAUUCUCUAAAACUAUUUCGACUUAUUUCAAAGCAAUUGACGAAGUCAGUUUUUAUACUGCAAUGGUAGUACGCUUUCGAAAUAAAACUUGUUUUUAUGCGAAUUUAAGCGAUCAAGAUUCAAUAGUCUUCAUUUGUCACAUGUUAAAUAUUAAGCCUUAACAAAUGUUUUAGGAAAAAUGUAUGCAAUUGUAACUAAAAAAUGUACCAGAUUUUACACUUAUUGUGUAAAAGGAAUUAAAAGUGCUUGGGUUGUUUAAACAUUCUUUUGCUGGAAAUUAAGCUCCCUUAGCAGAUAUUUAAGGAAUGCACAAAGUACCCGAAUUAUUUCCGUUUUGCGUUCAAAGAACUAACAUUGCCUCAUGUUGCCCCUACAUAUUUUCGGUAAUCGAAUCAUCCGUACAAACCCCGCCACGCUAAUUUAUUAAAAGUCCGUACCCGUCGGGUACAAGCCACAGAACUAUCUCUAGUGUACAUAUGGAAUACUACUAGUCUAAGCCUAAGUUAGUUGUACAAAAUAAAGAGAAUGGUGAGAAAAUUUAACUGAAA